AAAGAGACAAUAGUGAACUUGUUGCUCUCGGAUGACACAAGUGGAGGUGAUAUGUGUGUGAUUCCCAUAGUGGGAAUGGGGGGAGUUGGCAAGACCACCCUUGCUCAAAUUAUAUACAAGGACAAGAGGGUGAAGGAGCAUUUUGACCUUAAGGCAUGGGUAUGUGUUUCGGAUGAGUUUGACGUGUUCAGGGUAACUAAAACAGUUCUAGAGGCAGUGACUUUGUCAACUUGUGAUCUCAAAGAUCUAAAUCUGCUUCAAGUUACACUACAAGAACAAUUGAUGGGGAAGAAAUUCCUACUUGUUUUAGAUGAUGUAUGGAAUGAGAAUUAUGCUUAUUGGGAGCUCUUAAGCAGUCCAUUUAAAUCUAACACAAUAGGAAGUACAAUCAUUGUAACAACACGCAGUGAUAGUGUUGCAUCAAUCAUGCGCACAGUUCCAACUGAUCGUCUAAAGCCGUUAUUGGAAGAAGAUUGCUGGUCACUAUUUGCAAACCAUGCAUUCCACGAUUAUAACUCUGAUGCACGUCCAAAGCUGGAAGUAAUAGGUAGACAAAUUGUGAAAAAGUGUAAAGGUCUACCUUUAGCGGCCAAGACAAUUGGGGGUCUUUUACGAUUUAAACUAAAUGUUAAUGAGUGGGAGAAGAUAUUGAAAAGCGAAUUAUGGGAUUCGCCAUUAAACAAGACAGACAUUCUUCCAGCUUUAAGAUUAAGUUACAAAUAUCUCCCUUCACAUUUAAAGCAAUGCUUUGCUUACUGUUCAAUAUUUCCUAAAGAUUAUGUUUUUGAAAAAGAUGACGUAGUCUUUCUAUGGAUGGCAGAAGGUUUUUUAGAAGAAACUAGAAACAAAACAAUGGAAGAAAUUGGUCAUGAAUACUUCCUUGAUCUAGCAUCAAGAUCAUUGUUUGAUCAAUCAAGUGAUGAUAAAUCAUGUUUUUUAAUGCAUGAUCUUGUCAAUGACUUGGCAACUUUUGUAUCUGGACAAUUUACCUUUAGAUUGGAGGCUGACCAUUCUCAGAAAAUUGUGAAAAAGACUCGGCAUUUUUCGUAUGUUCGAAGAAGUAGAUUUGAUAACUUUAAAAAGUUUGAGUCUCUUUGUGAGACUACCCAAUUGCACACAUUCCUACCAUUGAAGUUGUCACCAAGCUACUAUUUCUUCUUCUUAACUAAAAGAGUACCACUUGAUUUACUGCCAAAGCUAAGAUGCUUGCGCACGCUUUCUCUAUCUCACUAUAGAAAUAUCACUGAGUUGGCUGAAUCAAUUGGCAAAAUUAAGCAUCUACGUUAUUUGAACCUUUCUUCCACAACAAUUAAAAGCAACCAUAGUGGGGCUUCCAUUGAAGAGUUGGGGAAUCUUGCAAAUCUCCGAGGAAAGCUUUCUAUUGUUGAGCUCCAAAACGUUGUAUCUCCUACGGAUGCUCUAAAAGCAUGCUUGAAAGAUAGGAAGUACCUUGAGGAGUUGGUGUUGGAAUGGAAAGCAUUGGAUGCUAAUAUUUCAGAAUGUCAAAUAUCUCUCCUUGACAAUCUUCGACCCCAUAGUAACUUGAAAAGUCUCACUAUCAACAACUAUGGCGGUGAAAGUCUUCUCGAUUGGGUUGGGCAUCAUUCAUUCUCUAAUAUAGUGUCCCUUCGCCUAGAAAAUUGCAAACAUUGUUAUGACUUGCCACCACUUGGGCAGCUACAUUGUUUGCAGGACCUAUCUGUUUUUGGGUUUGAACGAGUUGUUAAAGUAGACCGUGAGUUUUAUGGCAAUGAUUCUUCAACAGUUAAACCAUUUGGUGCCCUUCAAAUUCUAAGGUUCGAACGAAUGUUAAAUUGGAAGGAAUGGUCCUCUUCCGGUGCCGAAAAUGAAGAUGGAGCUUUUCCUCAACUUAAAGAGCUUUAUAUUGAUAAUUGUCCUAUCUUAAAAGGAGGGCUACCCCUCCAUCUUCCUUCUUUAGCAAAAUUUGAGAUUCAUAAAUGUCCUCAGCUGGUAGCUUCACUCCCAAGGGCUCUUGUUAUACGCAAAUUGAAGUUGAGAGAUUGUAACGAGGUUCUGUUAAAGGAAUUGCCAACUAAAUUGCGAAAGCUUGAAAUUGGAGGAUUUGACGCACUAGAGUCCCUUCCCAAGGGAAUGGUGGCCUCCAACAACUGUCUUCAAGAGUUAGAAAUCAGGGAAUGUAUGAAGUUAGAGCUCCCAACACACUCACAGUACUUUGUGUCCCAGCUUGAAACAUUGCGGUUGGACGGUUGUGAUUCCCUCAAGUCAUUUCCGUUAGAUUUAUUCCCAAAGCUUUAUAAUAUGGAUAUCUUUCAGUGUAAGAAUCUGGAAUCUUUUACAAUUUCAGAACAACAUGGAUGUGAUUUAGUGACCUUGCGUAGUAUUUCCAUCAGGAAUUGCCCCAAUUUUGUAUCUUUUCCAAAAGGAGGAAUUUGUGUCCCUAACCUUUCAUCCUUUACGGUCACAUUUUUAUCCCUUGAAACAUUGUGUUUGAGCGGUUGUGAUUCCCUCAAGUCAUUUCCAUUAGAUUUAUUCGAAAAGCUUUAUGAUAUCAGUAUCUUGGGAUGUAAGAAUCUGGAAUCUUUUACACUUUCAGAACAACAUGGACGUGAUUUGGUGACCUUGCGUAUUGAAAUCAUCGAUUGCCCCAAUUUGGUAUCAUUUCCAAAAGGAGGAAUUCGCGCCCCCAACCUUACAUUCUUUGGGGUCUUCAAUUGUGAGAGUUUGAGAUCACUGCCAGAGAAGAUGCAUGUACUCCUUCCUUCUCUUAAUUAUUUUCAAAUACUUAAUUGUCCAAGAAUUGAGUCGUUUCCCCAAGGGGACUUGCCUUCCAAUGUUAAAAAUAUGGAGGUCGAGGAAUGUGACAAACUCUUUGCCAGGCGGGCGGGAUGGGGUUUGCAAAAACUCCUAUCUCUUAGAGAUUUUUCAGUCGGUGGUGAAUAUGAAGACGUGGAGUCCUUUCCAGAGCCAGGGUUACUGCCUUCUUGUCUGACUCAACUUCGUAUCUCUGAAUUUCCAAAUUUGAAAUCUUUGGACAAGAAAGGGCUUCAAGACCUCACCUCUCUUCAACAAUUGUUGGUCUGGGACUGCCCUAAGCUCGAGUACAUUCCAAAAGAGGGGUUGCCUUCCUCCCUUUCUAUAAUAGAGAUCGACCGGUGCCCUUUGUUGAGGAAACGGUGGCAAAGCAAGAAAGGAAAAGAACGGCGAAAGAUUCCGGACGUUGAUCACAUAUUGAUUGAUUUUGAAGAAUAUAUUGGAUGAGCCAAAAGCCUCGGAAGAGUCCCAUUUAUAAUACCUGCACAUCAUUUCGAAGGCGGCAACAACAUAUUCACUUAGGUUCACCUUCCAUUGUUAUAUAUGCUUAGAAUUGAAAUUUUUUUGCUACUGCUGGCCCCAGUGGGAUUUUCUUCUUAAGAAGAAGGGUUGCGUGCCUCCCUUUCUUCUAUAUGGAUGAACAAAUGCCCUAAGUUGAAGAAAGGAAACGAACGGAGAAAAAUUCCUGAUGUCAAUCACAUACUGAUUGAUAGGGUAUCUAUUUUUUUUUUUUUUAAUUAAUAGAAGAUCAAAGAGCUUGGGUCACAAUUAUGAGAAGCAAAUAGAAUCUAUGAUCUUGCAAGGCAGGAGCGCUUGAAGGGUCACGUUCCAUUGUCAACAAAUGCCUGCCUCCCUUUCUUAUGUAUGGAUCAACAAAUGUCCUUUGUUGAAGAAGUAGUGGCAAAGCAAGAAGUGAAAAGAACGGCGAAAGAUUCCUAACAUCGAUCACAUAUUGAUUGAUGGGGUGAAUAUAUUGGAUGAGCUAAAAGGCGACAACAAUAUGUUCAUCUUUUAUACUUAGCUAGGGACUCUUUGAAGUGCUCCAAGAGGUGGAAGCUUACCCUAUAUCAGAAUCAUCCUUCUUACACAUUCACCAUCUAUUCUCAGCGCUAUUGACGUGGUAUGACUUUCACCCUCAUUCAAGUAGGUGGGCUCCGUUGGUUUUAUAAGUCCUUGUGUGGGUUUUGGUCUCAGACUUCUAGUAAGAGAGAAAAAUAAAAGGGUGCUAAAGUGUGAAAAUAGAAAAAUAGAGACCAGCCUUUAUCUGUUUCCAGCAAUUAAUAGAAAAAUAAAAGGGUGCUAAAGUGUAAAGAAGAGUUUGUAUUUUUGUCUUUGGGAGAAUAAUCUCUAUUGUAUAAGAUUUGGGUAUAUUGGAACUUUGAGUUCUGAGUGAUUUUCUCUUUACUAUGUUGUACUUCGUCUUUUGAUAGUGAAAUUCCUUCAGGUUGUCUCCGCCAAUGGAUGUAGGCUUAUUAAGUUGAACCACUUAAAUUUUGAUGUCUUAUUUGAUUGAUUUUUUGGUAUCUUUUAAUUUCUCACAUCUUAUGGUUCCUCAAAAAUAGGACAAAAUAAUCAAAAAAGGUGGCAGGAGACUGAAACAGAAACAAAUAACACCCAUCUGCCAUCUGGUUGUCCUAUGACCGAUAAUGAAAGAGAUCAUGGGGAGAUGCUCCUUAUGAUACUUCUCUGAACUAAAGCAUGUUUCCUACUUGCAGUAUGCAGACUUGUGCACAUAAUCAAUAUACCAUCUGUCAUUAUCAACCAGAACCAAAAAGUGCUUGCAAAGAACUAUUUUUUAUUUUAUAUAUUAUCUUCCCCGCACUAACCAAAACAUAUAUUAUUUUCAAUACCAUAUACCUCUUGAAAAUGAAUGGCGGUCUCUUAAUCCAGGUGUGUCAAAACCAGAUUUUCCACAUCCAACUACACCAUGAAUUUGUAUAUCCAAAAGCAUUCGAAAUCAAUCUUCUUGUCAUGCUGAAAUUCAAAGAUGACCUCAAUGUGAUGCUCCCCAAAUUACAAGCAUCCAAUUCUAUUGGACUAGUCAUGUGUAAUUUUCAUUUUCAGGGCUGGAUUUUUCUAUAGCUUUGUUUUGCUGUAUUUUAGCAAAUUCUGAUUGUUGUAAAUGUUAUGGACUAAUUAAUAUUACACUAUGAUGGCCAUUUAUCA